UAUUUUUAUUUUGAUUUGAUUUUAAACAGAGACAAAUUUUUAAGUGCCAAUAAUAGAAUCAGAAAGUUCAGUAGUCUAAUUAAAUAUAUUUUCAUUUAAAAAAACAUAAAUAUCAGGGAGUAGGAUGAAAUAAUUGAGAAAAGAUUACAUGUUUUGUGUCUAUGUCAUGUUUUAGCUCUAGUUUAAUCCUUUAAAUUGAUUGUCUUUAUUUUUUGGAUAUUCAAUUACUCGUGGGGGCUCGUGCGCAGGGGGCUCGUGCAGAGAGGGAGGGGUUGGUGUGACGGACGGAGCGAGCGGGGGGAGCAGCGGCGGAAGCGCAGCAAGAAGCGGCGGCUGGGAUCCCUUCCCUGGGGUGAAGACAUGUCGAAAGCGCAGGUGCUGAGGGCGCAGGUCCGGCAGCGGCUGGCGGCCGCCGCAGAGGAGAUCUUCGGCCUGUUCGAGGCGGUCAUCGCGGAGUAUCGGGAGGAGACGGAGCGCCACAGCCAGCGCAGGCGCAGUCGCCAGGAGGAUGAUCAGGCUCGUGCGGAGCAGCAGAAACCAGGAGCAGACGUUAACCAAGCUUUUGCGAGGGAUGAAGGGCUUCCUCCUGAGCACCAAGACAAGAUCAGGCGGGUGGAGCAGGAGCAACCCAAUCGUGCAAACAUCAAAGAGGAAGAUGAGCAGAUUCAGAUCCUGGUGGAGGCUGGGAUCACCUACCCCAUACCUUUGAAGAGCGAAGAAGAUGACGAGAAACCUCAUUCUCCGCUGUUUCACCCAAACCCAAAUGAAGGAGGAGCGAACUAUGAAGCAGCAGAACCAGAACAAAGGAAUAAUAACCAAAUUCCAGACUUGUCUGAGCCUGGUGCUGAACAAAAAGUUCUUUGUCGGUCCCUCCAGAAACCAUUUUGCUGCUCUGCGUGUGGAAAAAGGUUCAGCCAAAACUCAAAUUUGAAGACCCACAUGAGAAUCCAUACUGGAGAGAAGCCCUUCGUCUGCUCGUUCUGUAACAAAAGGUUCGUUCAGAAGGUGCACCUCAGGUACCACAUGGUGCGCCACACAGGAGAAAAACUACUCGGCUGCAGCACUUGUGGCCAGAGAUUCAACUGGGUCUAUCAGCUGAAAAACCAUCGAUGUGGAAACACAGAGCUGAACGGCGCUGAUGACAACGCAGAAACGGCUGCAGAUGAAGGAGCAGCAUCUGCUGAACAUCCUGGAUGUGUUCAGUCUCAAGAGGAGAGUUCCCAUGUUUCUGAACCUCAGAUGCUCCCCAAAGACAUCAGUUAUGCCAACAGCACUAAAGGUUUUACGCAGAAGAACCACCUGCAGGCUCACGCAGGAGAAAAGGGCUUCACUUGCUCAGUUUGCUGCAGAGUUUUUCUCUGGAAGAGGCAGCUGCAGAGACACAUGGGGAGCCACGCCGGAGCGCCGCCGCUCAGCUGCACCGCCUGCAGCAAAACAUUCGCUUUGCCUCAUCAGCUCAGACUCCACCACUGCGUCCGUGGAGACUCCCUCAGCCAAACGAGAGAAGCUGGCACCGCCGGACGCCCUACGUAUAAAAACAGACGUCGUGCCGUACGGCAGUUCCCCUGCUUUCAGUGUGGGAAGGUGUUCGGUCUCAGGGACUCGCUGAUGAGACACCUGCGCUGCCACACGGGGGAAAAGCCAUUCGGUUGCUCGGUGUGUGGGAAGCAGUUCAGAGACAGAGGAAACAUGGGGCAGCACAUGGUCGUCCACACGGGGGAGAAACGCUUCAGCUGCACGUCCUGCGACCAACAAUUCUGUUGGCAUAAGCAGCUGAAGAGGCACAAAUGUGGCGUCCAGAGCAGCAGCAGCAGCCUGGACGACUCACAGAUGCGUUAAAAAAACAUUGUGACAGUCCGAACAUGGACCCCCAAGACUUUUAAAGACCCACUCUGAUCAUCUGUUGAUGUAUUUUCAAAGCAUUCCCAAUGGUCUUUCAUUUAUAAUUAUGUCAUUUUUAGCCUAAAUCUAGA